AUGACAACCAGGGCCUUGGAGGAGUUGGAUGGAGGCCUGGGCAGUUGCCAAGUGGACGAGGACCUCUCUGCACUGGCUGACCCCUGCCCAGGCCGGCCCCAGGAGGACAGGGCUCAAGUGACAUCCAGGCUGGCCGACUUCAGCAGCUGGCCCCAUGAUUCUCAGGAGCCGGCAGCUGAGGGCAGCCCCGCAGGCGGUGUGGAUGCUUGGCCCAAGAAAACAGAAAAGGAGCCUAUGGCCAAAGUGGCCUCCGGACCUGGCCCCCGGAGCCCCGCGCGGAAGAGGGCGCAGGCCGCGCCGCCCUCGCAGCCGCCGCCCACGCCCCCGGUUCUGAGUGAGGAGCUGCUCUGGGGACACCUGACGCUCAACAAGUGCCUGGUGCUCGCCUCGCUCGUGGCGCUGCUGGGCUCCGCCUUCCAGCUGUGCCGAGAGGCCGUGGCGGGGGAGGCAGAAGCCCCUGCGCCUGUCCCUGAGCUGUGGGUCCCGCCAAGCUCGUCCCUGAAGGAGCCAGCGUCACCCCUGCCAAAGUCCGUGGCCUGGGCCCCCCCACUGGGACCGCUCGAGCCCCCGGCGAAGGUAGAGGAAAGGGCCGCAGUUCCCAGGAGCAGCGGGGCUGCAGGGAAGGACAAAGGGGAGUCUGAGGAGGCCGCGAAGGAGGAGCGCGUGCCGCUUGCCGACCGAGGGCCCAAGGAGAGGCGGAAGAAGGCGGAGAGGCUGAGAAAGGAGAGGCCCCGGAAGAAGAGGCCACAGGAGAGGCCGAGGAGGGAGAGACCCCGGAAAGAGGAGAGGCCGCGGGCUGCCGGGGAGGCCCUACCCCGACGCUGGGAGGCGCGCGACGGGGGCCAUCGGGCAUGGGCGGGAGAGUCCGGAGACCCCGAGCAUAGGAAGAGGCAGGCCUGGGCCUCCCCGCGGCGCCCCGAUGAGGAGGACCGGCCUCCCGGCCGCCAGAAGCACCACGCGGGCAAGGGGCGGGACUGA